AAACCAUAGCCUCGACCCACUCUAUCCUUUUUCUCCCCCUGUGGCCCACCUCGUCUUUUACAUGCCGCGUGCGCAUUGACACACUUACGGGCGGGCCCCAAUCCCCAGUGCUCCUCCCGGUUGAAGCGCCUGCGCUCUGCCACUUCCGCAUGGGGCCCACUGGUAAACGCCAUCCUCGUCCCUCUCUCCGCGCCGGCGUAACAGAACAGCGGGCGCCACCUGGGAACUUCGGCCCCAUGACCGCGGAUGGUUGCGCUGGGUUAGCUAUAAUUGUUGACCCCCUUGGGAGGCCCCACCCAUCUACCCGACCACAGAAGUCGUCGGUGCACCACCUUGAACCUAGAGCUCUGUCACCAAGGACCGCAGGGAGAAGAGAAUCCGCUCACUGCUGCAGUGCUCGGGUUGUGUCGGCGUUCGGGCAAUUGCACAAGGCGGGGGAGCUUAACCAUGGUUCGUGGGACCUUGUGGUGGCGGCGUUGGGCUCGGGGCGUCACUGGUGCCAGCUCAAUUGCUCCCUGGAGACACCUCACCACCGCGGAUCCACGCAUCUCUAUGGGCAGGGCACAACACCAUGUGAUUCACGGAGAAGAAUAGGUGGUCCAGGAGGAGGUCUACAAUGAGGAGUACGAGCUUAUCUAGCUAGCGUCUCCCAGUUAGCUUUAUGGCGUCAAGGAAUAAUAUUUAGUUCGUUUUAUGGUUAUCAUUUGUUUUUGUAAGAUACUUCCGCUAUGUAAUAAUGAUUGUGACAUUUAUCUCUAUACACUUUGUCGUUAUAUGUGAUAUUCUUCUUUGGUGCACAUAUGAGACGC